GUCGGGGGCGUGCGGGCGGGCCAGCAGGACGGGAAGCCUUGGGCGCUGAGGAAGCUGCAGAAGAAGACCGCAGGGACCAUGGAGGUGGCGAUGGGCAACAAGUGCGAGGAGUGCUUCUCCCUGUGGGUUGACGCGUUCAGCCACUUGGAGUGGGACGACCUCUGCGAGCUGAGCCAGGGCGACGAGGAGAUCAAGCAGUCCGUGCUCACCGCCAGGAAGGUGUUCAAUGAGCACGAGCCGCCGCCGAAGCCCGUCCAGGAGGUCGCCGAGCGCACGGAGCACACGAUCGAGUCCAGGAGGUCGUACAUCGUCUUGACGGAGUCCGACUUGAGGAAGGCGUUGGGCGCUAGGCGCAUCACGAAGGCUGCGACGAGCUCCUUGUAUACCGCGGAGGUGCCGAAGGAGGAUGAGGAUGGCUGGGAGAUGGCGUAUUGGUUCGUCAACCCGAUGGUGCCCUACAGGACCGUGGACGUGGUAUCGCGGACAGGCGUCUCCCGCGAUCGCUUCGUCAUGGACCGCACGAAGCAGUUGUGGCCCAACCAGGGGCCCGUGAUGAGCACCCACAGGACGCAGCUCAUGCACAACGAGAAGGGCAUCAUGAACAUCAUUACCAAGGACAAGAUGGGCUACCUGUGGAAGCUGGAGGACUUCUUGCAGUCCAGGCUCGGCGAGAACACCGAGGGCGGCACCGAGGGUCAGGCGGGCGGCGGCGGCGAGGGCGCAGCUGCCGACGGCUCGACAGGCUCGGGCGUCGCGGGCUCGGCGAGCUGCGUCGGCGGGUCCCCGAGAGAGUCGGCGUCCCAGUUCGGCGGCGGCAUGUCCGAGGACGGGGACGCGGCGUCCACCGCUGGCUACAUGGAGGCUGGCAGUGCAGGCAGCAACACGGUGGAGUACUGGAAGAGCAAGAUCGACCUGUCCUUGGUGAUGGACGGCCAGGUGGACGGGCGGACCAUCAGUGCGUGCAAGAAGGCAGCAGGUAGAAAGAUGGCUGCUGAUGACGAGGCUGCCAGGCUGGACGCGCAGCUGCUGAACAAUUUCAUGCAGCUGAUCCUCAUGGCCCAGGCCCUCCAACCUGCCACCAUUCAGGGCAUCGAGAAAAGUGAGCUGGCCAUCUACCUGGGCAAGAUGAAGGAUGAGAAGGUCAAGUUUCCUUUGGGCACCAGCGAGAAGCUCUUGCACAUGAAGAUCGCUGACCAGCAGCAGCUGGGGAAUAUGAUCGGUCUCUUUGAUGCCCUGGACCCGUUCACUACUUCAGAGCUGGCCUCAGGUUUCGACCCUGAGAACCCUCGGUUGAGUGACAUCGAGCUGCCGAUGGGCGCCAAGACGAGGUUGUUGGUUCACAUCUCAGUUGAUGCGAUGCUGCUCCCAAUGCUCGCCAAGGGCAUGGACUCACGCGCCCAGGUGGAGACCUACUUGAAGUUCUGCAUCGAUCGGUCCAAGGACGUCGACAUCUUGGAGCUCGACGCGAACGCGGGCGCGUGCAUAUCGGAGUGCCUCGACGCGUGGCAGGCCGUGUACGCCCUCGUGCGCUUGGAUCUGGACCCCGAGCUGGAGGAGUGCGUGCAGCGCCUCAAGGCCGCCAUUGGCAAGACGACCAGGUCGCCCCUGACGGUCGUUGCCGCGGCGGUCGACUCCGACACGUGGUACUCCCAGAUGUUGUCCGACUACAUCGAGUACGCCCCUGGCUUGCUCAAGUACCACGCGCGCGUCGCCGAGCUGAGCAGUUGGGCCGACACCUUCGAGGCAGGCGCGGACACAUACGACACGCUGGCCGAGCACAUCAAGGAGGUGUCCAUCAUGAAGGCCCAAUUGCGCCCUCAGUCGGUGAACUUCCUGGACGCUAAGAUGGCAGCCGCCCUCGCUGCACAGCACGCCCGCGUCGCUGCCUCUGUUGCGGGGCCAGAUACGAUGCAGAGGUGGAGUGCCGUGCUCGCCGAGGCGUCCGCGUUGCUGCCGCACGACAGGCAGGUGGACGAGUGGAAGACCCAGAGCGCUGCGUCGUUGGCCAAGUUCGACCAGGCUUCCAAGAUCGAGGCGAUCUGCAUGCUGUGCGAGGUGGUCCUCGACGUCGCCACGCGCGGUCCACAGGCAUCCACGUUGGAGCUCGUCGCGUCGAAGAUCCAGCCGUUGUUCAACGCAGUGGGUGGCGCAUUCAUCGAGUGCAGCGCCCUCAAGGAUGCCGAGGUCGCGACCAUCUCAGAGUGCACCAUGGCGCUGUCCGAGUCGGUGGCGUACGAGAUGACAAUGGCCAACGUCGGCUUGCUCAACAUGGCUGGCGCGUUGCACGUCCUGGACCUCGCCUCCAAGCUGACCCAGCUCUUGGGUGACCGCGCCAGCCAGACCUUCUACGUCGCCCACUUGCAGAAGACGGUCAACAUGCUGGACGCAUGGGGCAUGAUGACGCCCCUCGCCGACAUGCGCACGAAGGAUGAGCUGGUCGAGGGCAUCUCGGCGUUCGCUGAGUUCCCUGCUAAGCUCGAGGCACUCACCCAGACGGCGUCUGAGCUCGCCGAGUUGAGCUUGACAAUGCCACCCGCGGCCAGCUACACCGCCGACAGGAUCAAGGCCUUCUACGCCGAGAGUUCGGACCGCUUGCGCAGCAUCCUGAGCGCCAACCUGGCUGGGACGACUGCUGGCCUCGUGAAGGUGGCCACUUGCCUGGCCGACAUGGCCAAGGGCACGCAGCUGGGCGACGGCGACCAGACGAUCCCGUGGCAUGAGACGUUCACAGGCAAGAGCUGGGACGGGUUCCUGGCGCACGCCGAGGUGACGCUGCUCACGCUCAACCCCAAGGCGCUCGGGUCUUGCAUCGACGAGACGAAGAAGGCCCUCCAGAUGUACCUCGCUGUUGCCGCAGUUGGCGGUGGCGAGCCCGACGCACACCUCGUUGGCAAAGUGCAGAACACCAUCCUGAAUGGCCACAUCACGAAGCUCAGCGGCAUCCUCUGCCACAAAGUCAAGACCAUCGCGGACCUCGGUCCGCUCCGUGAUGCCGUCCAGAGCGAAAUGCUUCAUUUCCGCAAGGAGACGGGAAUGAAAAAGGAGAAGGAGCUUCUCCACCCUGUGCUGCUCGUCAGGGCGAUGCAG